GAAACCAAAAGCGUAGCCCACGAAACCAAAACCAUCACCCACGAACUCAUAUAUCAUUAUGCGCGAAACCAAGAUCAUCACCCACGAAACCAUAUACCUCAACCACGAAAUCAUUAUCCUCAUGUUCCUGUUCAUCUUGGAAAUCCUCAACUUGAGGAAGCCCUGGCGCUUUGGGUCGAAAAUGCUCAACAACACGACAUCCCUAUCAGUGGGAAUCUUAUUAGAACGGUUGCUGUCAAGUUUUCCGACAAGCUGGACAUUCCUGAAAAUCAAAGAAUCAAAUUUAGCAAUGGUUGGCAGCAUCGCUUCCAAGACCGUUAUGGCGUCAAAAUGAAUCGUGUGCAUGGUGAAUCAGGUUCUGCUGACACUGCUGCUGUUGAAGCCAACAUUGAUGAUAUACGCAACGAAGUAUCGAAGUACAGGCCAGAGGACGUUUACAACAUGGAUGAGACUGCAUUGUACUAUCGAAACGCACCUUGUACUACAAUUUCCAAUCAUUCCAUCCAAGGCUUCAAAGAGGACAAAAAGCGAUUGACCAUUGCUUUUACAGGAUUUCCAAGAUGA